AUGUCCACCAACUUUACAGGUCGACUCUCGCCUUCAGAUGGGCCCCAUCAAUUCGGCCCGAAGAGCAUUUAUUCGAAAUAUGUUUUGCGUGUUUCCCGCCUACAUGGCGUUGUGAAAUACGCCCUUUUCCAACUCGUCAUUUCCCUUCUUGUUCCGAGCAAGUAUGCCAUCAUACCUUGCGCCAUAGUCAUUCUUUGCUUCACUGCAAAUAUAAUCAUCCACGCGACUACACCAUGCACCGGUGUCAACCCCUUCAUGGAGAAUGUCGUCUUGGGCCGCACCACGAGCCAAGUACCCUUCUCAGACGGCAGUUUCGGAUCCGAGCCGGCCGCGCAGGGCCUCGUCGUCUUUAACCUGGGCAUCCAGUAUAACCAUCCCCUGGGGCCCCUUUGCCCGCUGGGAAUGGAGAUUGCCGAUCGCUUUCAAAAGAUGAACAAGGACAUGCUCCGGCGACGUGAGGAGCUGGGCCUUUUGAGCGUCAACUAUUGGAAGGGCGCCACGGCCGACAGUGAAAACAUGGCAGUGAUUACCUACUACUUUCGCAAUGUGGAAAGCAUCCAUCGCUUUGCGCAUGAGCCGUUGCACCGGGCCACGUGGGAUUGGUACAAGUCCCACAACCCGACUCACAUUGGCAUCUAUCACGAGACCUUUAUCGUGCCAGAAAAGGCCUAUGAGUCGAUAUACGAGAACUGCAGCCCCAUCGGCUUGGGAAGAGGGUCUGUCAAGUCUGUUCAUGGCAAGUCGGGGAACAGUUGGGUAAACACUUUGGUCAGCGCCGACACCCCGGCCCUCAAGUCACAGACUGCCAGGUUGGCUGGCUCUCUCCGGAAAACCGCUUGA